GCUCAGAAGCCCAGCAGUCUUAGCCAGCAGAAUUACCAACACUUUGCUGGAGGAAUGCUUGAAGAAGGGUGCCUGUUUGAGGAUGAGUUCUUCCCAGCCGAUAUUAGGUCCAUUGAAGGGACCUUGCUCCAGAAACUACCUCCAAGGUUGCUGUGGAAAAGACCACUGGAACUGCAUAGGACCCCAGUGUUUUACACUUCGAACAAAAAAAGGCUUGCUCUGUGCCAAGGAGUGAUAGAGGACUGCUGGUUUCUGGCUGCCGUGGAAGCGUUAUCAUUUCACCCAGAUAUCUUGUCUCGGGUCGUGCCCACGAACCAAAGCUUUGAGAGGAAGAAGUAUGCUGGGAUAUUCCAUUUCAAGUUCUGGCAUUUUGGCGAAUGGGUUGAUGUGGUGGUCGAUGACCGACUGCCAGUAAACGAAGCUGGACAGCUUGUUUUUCUCACUUCCGUUUAUAAGAACCUGUACUGGGGAGCUCUUCUGGAAAAGGCUUAUGCCAAGCUGUGUGGCUCUUAUGAAGAUCUGCAGAUUGGGCAAGUGUCAGAAGCUCUGGUGGACUUCACAGGUGGAGUUACUAUGACGAUCAAGCUGUCUGAAGCUCCGCCUGACCUCUGGGAUAUCAUGACAAGAGCAAACUACAGCAGAUCUCUGAUGGGUUGCCAGACACAUUCUCGAAGAACAGUCCUGUCGAAUGGAUUAGUGUCUGGCCAUGCCUACACUGUGACUGGCAUUCGAAAAGUGACUUUGAAACACGGACCCGAGAAUUUAGUGAGACUGAGAAAUCCCUGGGGGAAAGUUGAAUGGAAAGGAGAUUGGAGUGACAGCUCUGGGAAAUGGGAGCAGCUCAGCCCAAAGGAGAAGAUUUUGCUGCGGAAGAAUGUUGACGAUGGAGAAUUCUGGAUGUCUCUGCAAGAUUUCAAAACCCAUUUUGUGGGCCUGAUGAUCUGUAAACUGACUCCUGAUCUCCUGAGUAAGGAAUUGGGGAAGAAGUGGACGUGCUCAAUGCAGGUUGGCAAAUGGGUCAAAGGAAGCACAGCAGGGGGCAGGAUGAAGGCGCACAAAGCUGCAUUUUGGAAGAAUCCCCAGUACUUGCUGAGAGUUCUGCAAGGCAACGGGAGCAAAACGUCCUUUUACUCCUGCAGCGUGUUGGUGUCUCUGAUCCAAAAGCGCAACAACCAUCACCGGAAUCGGAUGCCUCAUCUCCACAUAGGCCUCUCUGUCUAUAAGGUGGGCCAGGAGUACCAUGACCUUGAUAGAAAACUGCCGGCUGCCUUCUUUGUCUGGAAUAUGCCCCUGAAUAGGGCAGUCUUUGUAAAUGACCGUGAAGUGACUCAGGAUUUCCGGCUCCCACCAGGGGCCUAUGUCAUUGUCCCAGCCACUGCAGAACCCAACCAGGAAUCAGACUUCAUCCUGCGGGUCUUCUCCAGGAAGCACAGCCUUCAUGAAUUGGGUGGUGAUUCCAGCUGUGUCCUUUCAAAGGAAAUAAUUGAUGAACAUGAAGAUUGGGAAGAUUUCUUCACUAAGUACUUUGAUCAAUAUCCUGAGAUAAAUGCAAUCCAGCUGAUGAGGAUUUUGAACAAUGUGGCAUGGACGAAGCUUCAGAACCAUGGCCUGAGAUUUAGCCUGGAUGCCUGCCGGGGUAUAUUGGCCCUCUUAGAUUUUAAUAACACUGGCACCUUGAGCAUUCAAGAAUUCAGAUGCCUGUGGAAGAAGCUGCUUCAGUACCAGGCAGUUUUCCAGAAAAAUGAUAUUCAUCAAACAGGAACCUUGGAUCAAGUAGAGCUGCAAGCAUCUGUGCAAGAAUUAGGAGUCUCCCUCAGCAAUGAACUCUGCAAGCUGCUGGUCAUGCGAUAUGGGAACCCUGGCCUCAACAUCACCUUUGAGAACUUUGCCUGCUUCAUGCUGCGUGUGGAACUCAUGAUGGAGGCCUUUCACAAUACGAGUAAAGAUGGCAAAGGAAUAUAUCUUCAAGAGUCCGAGUGGAUGAUGAUGACUCUCUAUUCAUGAAGUAAAGCAAAGGAGAAGAGUUGAGCCAAGCUACCUGGACCCUUCACAAGGACAGAAGUGACAUCCUUUUAUCCAUAUACGGGGACAUUUUGAGUCCAGCUUUGUGACUCUUGUGGAAUCUGGAAGAGUUUCAUUCACUGGGAGCAGCUGCAUUGAUGUCUCUUGGGACUGCUUGUGGGUGCAGCAUGGGCUAUGGCCAGAAAUCAUAAGGACAUGCUUCUAGCAUAUUGGCACAGGCUUCUUUAAAAAGCGCUUCCCUUAGAAGAAGGAAGGGGGAACUGAGUUACUGAUCAAGCAGCUGGGUGACAAUGAAGACUGUGGUGUCAAGUCAUGUGUCAUUUCAAUUCGUUGAGGAAUAUCUGCUGUUAAACCAGGAUGGGAUAGUUAUAUGGCUGCAACAAGGAACAGUGAGCAAGUGAACAAAUCGAAGUGGCCUAAAGGGCCUUGCAGCAGCUCAUUUCCAAGAUGCACUUGCCUGAGCUGUAAGCUGAGCUGUGGAGGCACUGCUUGCCAUCUCAUUGUGGCAGCUCAGACAGGCAGUUACAAGAAACAGGGCCUUUUCAGUAGUGGCCCCAAAGCUUUGGAAUACCUGGUAGAGAUCUCGCUGGGCUCCUUAUAAGUGUCUUUUUAGGUAUCUGUUUCAACAAGCUUUGAACAUCUGAUUGAUCUUAUGGGCUGCUACUUUUAAAAAUGAUACGGUUAUCGUUGCUAAAACACUAUUU